GACGAACUUCAUAUUGAACUUUACAUUCACAGACCAUGAUCUUGUUAGAAGCUCACAAUGUCAUAAUCAAGACUACGCUGGCAGAUAAACUCAACAAGCCCUCUACACUAGAAGUAUCCUUCGUAGACUACGAUGGAGUCCGAUUUCGCCUCUCGACUCCCGAACGUAAAACACUACUUUUACUUUCGAUGCACAUCCGAUGCUGGGACGAGCUGGUGAAGUACGGUGCUUUGGACGUGUUGAGGAGGGAAUACGGUUCGUUAUUGAGAGACCAAGCGGAGGCAGGGUUUAAUGUUAGUAUGGAAAUCGAUUUGGAGCAGGUUCCUGCUGGUGCAGAGGACCGUGAAGCAUUCAUAAACUCCAUUGCAUUGUUCAAACGCAAUGCUCUUGCUGCACCGUUCGAGCAGGGAUUCAAGAAUCAGAAAGAGUUGGAAGCUGCGAAUGCUGGACAGGGAGAGUUGAUGCAGAUCCAUUAUCGAGACGAGGAAGCUAUCUACAUACAGGCAGCAGAUGAUCGGGUGACUGUUAUUUUCUCGACUGUGUUUAGGGACGAGACAGAUAGGAUUCUUGGGAAGGUCUUCUUACAGGAAUUUGUCGAUGCACGACGUCUUCCUGCUCUUCAAAACGCUCCUCAAGUCUUAUACUCUAACCGAGACCCGCCUCUCGAAAUUCGACACCUCAACCUUCCUAAGUCUGAGGACAUUGGAUAUGUGACUUUCGUCCUGUUCCCUCGACACUUCUCCAAUUCUUCUGUUACUGCAACGACUAUAUCCCAUGUACAGCUUUUCCGGGAUUACUUGCAUUACCAUAUCAAGUGUUCCAAGGCAUAUAUGCACUCGAGGAUGAGGCAUAGGGCCGCUGAAUUCCAGAAGGUUUUGAACAGGGCUAAGCAGGAGAAUACGUCCACAGAGAAGAAGACCGUCAGCGGAAGGACGAUGGUGGCUCGGUGAUGAUGUUCGUUGGGCUGUUCUCAAAUUAUGGUUUGUACAACAACUGAGUGCAGUUUGCUAAUAAAAUCUACUUACCUUUUGAUGAGUGUGUUUCUUGAGAGAGCGGGGGGUGGUGAGAGAUAGUACAAUUGUCGUACAGGUGGUGGUACAGAGAUAAUAGGUUAGGAACACUAGUAAUCCGUUCUAACAUCCCCGAUUCAUAUCGCUAUCGUAAGAAACCGUGCUUCUCCCUUCCCAACGAGAUGUUCUGCUACUUGCUCGGGCGUCUUACUCCCAACAACAUCCAAAAGCCAAUCCCGUUUCAGCCUUUCGUAGAUUUUCUUAAAGCGAUCGAUCGACCCUCCUUCGUGAACCAACACCAGGCCCACGUUAUCGCCCUGACCUGUAUCGCCUUCCCGCAACUCCACCCUGAAUUUGGUCGCCUUCAACAGUUCCCCAGCAGGAUCAUUACUCUCAUCCAUCCUACACCUCAAAACACC